GAGAGUAUUAUAUAAGACUUGAAGAAUAUCAAGAUAAUAUUUUUGAAGGCCUUUUUUAUUUUAUACAUUCCAAUGAAAUAACUGAAGAUUUCAUGAAAGAUAAAUGUCAAAGAUGUAAUAAAUUAGAUUACGUAGCAAAAUAUGGUGAAUAUUAUUGUGAUAUUAAAACGGAAUGUAAAAAAGAUCCAAUAUUUACUAUGAAUGGAAAAAAUUAUCAAAUGCAUUACCAUACUUUAUGUUUUUCAUUACUUGAGAUUUAUAUUUUGAUUUCUCUUCAACAUUUAACUUUUGCCAUUCGUCAAAG